AUGCCGGACGUCAUCCUCGAGUCCGGCCUCACCCUGCACUACAUCGAGGCCGGCCCGCGGGACGCUGAGCAGACCGUCCUGUUCGCGCACGGCCUGUUCCGCUGCUCGAAGGAGUUCCUGCCCAUGAUGACCCGCCUGGGCGCCCUCGGCUUCUACUGCAUCGCGCCGGACCUGCGCGGGCAGGGCAGGAGCUGCCGCCAGCCGGUCACGCCGAUCAAGGUCGAGGACUUCGGCGAGGAUCUCGGCGGCCUGCUGGACAUGCUGUCAUGUGGACCGGUGCACGUCGUCGGGUCGAGCAUAGGGGGCAUGGCGGCGCUCGUGCUCGCGCUGGAGCGACCCGACCUCGUGCGGUCGCUCACGCUCGUCGCGACCCGCGCGUCGCCCUGGGGUUGGCGCUACGGGGAGUAUUCACUGAGGGCGGUGCCAUGGAUGCUUUCGUCGGGCUCGUGCGGGCGGUGGGUUGUGGUGCGGAACACGCCGCGCCUGAUCAGCAGGUCGGCGAAGCCCAGCCGCAAGGCCGUCGCGGAUCUGCUGCUGCGGCGGCUCGACUGGGACGCGUCGGGGCUGGCGCAGGCAGCACGCGGGGUGCUUGCGUGGCCAGGCGUGCUGGACCGCCUGAGCAGCAUCCACGUGCCGACGCUGGUGAUGUACGGGCGCGACGACAUCGUCACCGGACGGCGCGAGGCCGAGAAGAUCUCGGGCAAGAUCGCAGGGGCGCAGCUGUACUGCGUUGACUGCGCCGCACACAUCCCGGCCAUGGAGCAGGUCGACAGCGUGCUGGCGCAGCUGGAGCGGUUCCUGGGCGUCGAGGCCGACGAGGAGCCGGGCCUGAACCCCGUGAGGUGA